UUACAAACGUACACCAAAGCUGUCUUUAAUGGAAAAGAAAAAGUCUCCCUUUAGAAAAUCCAAAGCUUAUCAUCGGAAAGACCAGAACACUUUUGUCGGACUUCAGGGCAGGAGAGGGCGAGAAGAUGGAAGGGAUCAGCCAUCGUACCUUGCUCGUGAACGGCGUCAACAUCCACGUGGCCGAGAUGGGCGAAGGCCCCGUGGUCCUCCUCCUCCAUGGCUUCCCCGAGCUGUGGUUUUCCUGGCGCCACCAGAUCGUCUCCCUCGCCGCCCGCGGCUACCGCGCCGUCGCCCCCGACCUCCGCGGCUUCGGCGACUCCGACGCCCCUCCUUCCAGCUCCGUGUACACCGCCUUCCAUGUCGUCGGCGACCUCGUCGCCCUCAUCCAGGCCCUCGGCCCUGACCAAGUGUUCGUGGUGGGUCACGACUGGGGGGCGUAUAUGGCGUGGUGGCUGUGCAUCUUGCGACCGGACAUGGUGAAAGCGCUGGUGAAUCUGAGCGUCGCUUACGCUCCGCGGAAUCCCGGUCGGAGACCAGUGGACGCUUGUAGGACAAUCUUUGGGGACGACCACUACAUCUGCCGCUUCCAGGAACAUGGAGCAAUGGAAGCUGAAAUUGCACAGAUUGGUACAACCUUGUUUAUGAAAAAGUUCUUGACAUACCGCAAGCCAGCAGCUAUUAAUAUACCCAAGGAUAAAGGACUUGAAGUUUCCCUUGAAACUCCAGUUACUUUGCCUUCAUGGCUUUCAGAAGAAGAUAUAAACUAUUUUGCUAGCAAAUUUGAGAAGUCAGGCUUCACCGGAGGAUUGAACUACUAUCGGUGCCUGAACUUGAACUGGGAGCUCUCAGCACCUUGGACUGAGGUCCAAGUAGACGUACCUGUGAAGUUUAUUAUUGGAGAUCUUGAUUUAACGUACCACACGCCAGGCAUCCAAGACUACAUACACAAGGGUGGCUUCAAAAGUGCGGUUCCAUUUCUUGAAGAUGUUGUUGUGAUGGAAGGAGUCGGUCACUUCAUCAACCAGGAGAGGCCACACGAGGUUUCUGAUCUCAUUUAUCACUUCAUCCACAAGUUCUAGGUAGGUGUAGUCGUAUGCAAAGGACCAUGAAUAAAUGGCUCGAUGGUGAAAAAGAUUACGUGGUAAAAGAAUCGACCCUAGUUUAGAUUUAGGGAUUUUACUGUAUGAAUAGAUAAUUUUUUUUUGUGUUCAACUAAAAACACAUUGUUUUUAAUUAAUCUUUUAAAAUAUUGAUAAUUGUCACA